UGUAUAUUUAUCAUCUCUAACCUUAACCCUUCGAAUCGGCGCUAUCGCGCGUCGCGGCGCAAUAAAACUUGGAAAAUUUGUUGUAUAAACCUCAACUAAACAGUUCUAACAACAAGUGUGCCAAAAUCUAAACGAAAAAAGUUAAAGAAAAAUAGAACAAUUGAUUGCAAAAACCCCAAUAGGAGAAGAAGUGCUCCCCGUUUUUCCCCAUCCCGUCUGCCGUGGCUGCUGUUGUUUUUGGUUUUCUUUUAUUUUUGGAAGUUUGUGCAGCAGCAGCUCUGAAUGUCUUUAUGCUUUAAUCAUGGUGUAUUUUGCCACCAACAACAACAACACCAACACAAUACGCUGCUAUAUUAAAAUCUUUCUGAUUACGAACCAUGACAGAAGGACAUGAAAGCGAAUUCUUAGUUACAGUACGCGCACAGGUAAUGACCAGAGACGAGAGUACCGAGGGCUGGCUACCGCUGGCCGGGGGUGGUCUGGCCAAUGUGUCCAUACGGAAACGGGCUAGACUAUCCCCACUGGCAUCGGGUCAUGACUACAUCAUCUAUGGGCAGAGGAUCUCCGAUCAAAGUGUCAUCUUGAGCUGUAUCAUCAAUCGUGAUCUAAAGUAUUACAAAGUAAUGCCAACAUUUCAUCAUUGGCGCGCCGGCAAGCAGCGCAACGGCCUUACAUUUCAAACGGCCGCCGAUGCGCGAGCCUUCGAUAAGGGUGUGCUGCGCGCCUAUAAUGAACUAAUUGAUGGACUGGCCAAAUCGAAUCCCACUAUUAUAUGCCCACCAUUGACCAAAUAUGAUUCGGUUGGUGAAGAUGAUGUAUUCAUGACCCUGGAUUUACCUGUGGAGAGCGAGAGUUUACAAAAGAUACAUUCAAGCCCCGAGGGCAGCGAGAAAAGUCACAAGAGCAAGGACAGCUACAGCAACAAUUCCGAUUCGGAGAAGCUGCCAGCGGCACCAAUCCACUACAUAUCCACGGACAAGACAUCAACCACAACCACGACCCAGGAUGGACCACCGUCGUCUGCUGCACCGGCACCGGGCGCCGCCCAGAUUGCGGCCAGCGAGAAUUACUCGUAUGUGACGCUGACAGCGGUCCACCACGACUACAACUAUCCAGUGGUGGACCAGCCAGUGGGGGCACAGGUGCUCAAUGCACGCCGCGAGUCGAUCAGUGCACUGAAAAAGCGCAACGCGUUGGAGGCGGCCCAGGCAAUGGCGGCAGCCCAAACUGUAGGCACAGGCGGUGGCGGGAAGUCGCUGCAGAAGCAAAACGUAUCGGAAAUACUCAAGAAGGAGACGCGCUUGCGGUGUCGCUACUGUCACGAGCUGUACAGCGAAGAGUUCAAUCGGCGCGGGGCCUGCGAAUAUGCCCCGGACACCUUUCGCGCCGGCUACGAGUGCAUCUCGGGCAUGGGCUGUGCCAGGUGCAUGAUCUAUCACUGCAUGAGCGAUGCCGAGGGCGAGACGGCCCAGCAUCCGUGCGAAUGCAGCGCCACCGAGGCCGGUUGCACCAAGCGCUGGCUGGGCCUGGCGGUGCUCUCUCUGUUCGUGCCCUGCCUCUGGUGUUAUCCGCCGCUGCGAGCCUGCCACUGGAUGGGUAUCCAGUGCGGUCUCUGCGGCGCCCAGCACAAACCGCAUGUCUGACACUUGGAGGCCAGAUUGCAGGGACAGUACGAUGACGACCCCAGGCCCAGAAGCGAACUCCAGCACAAAAACCAGCAGCCGAACCACGCAAACCAAAGCAAAAACCAGCUAAACAACCAGCAGCACCACCACCGCUGUCAGACAGACGAGCAGACCAGAGACACCAAAAGUCAGACGCUGUGGCGCCCCAGGCCGCGCCAGUCCCAGCCCCAGGCGCACUCUCAAUCGCAGCGCCACUUUUACAACUGGGAACUGUCGCACAGCCUGGGUGCCCCACAGCAGGAGCAGCAGCCGGCGUACCUGAUGCAGCCGCGUACCAGCAAGGCGGCCCAAAACGACUACGGCCGCCUGCUGUUCUAAAUGAGAAGUAUCGCUUUUUGUGCGAUUUUGGGAGUUGCGAAUCUGGCGAAUCCCUGUAUACACUGUACUCCAUUUGAUUUGCCAUAAUUUAUUGUACAUACAAUAGCAAGCGAAUUGACGCAUGUAUUUUAUAUAUUAUAUAUAUUUUGUAAUUGUAAUUGUAAUUUAUUAUUAGUGCGCUCUCGCUUAAUUAUACUUUUGUAAAAACGGGCUAUUCUUUUUAAUUUACUUUAAUCGUAAUUGUAUCAUUUAUAUCGUAUACCGUAUCCGUAUCGAAUCGUGUUUUUUUCUACCAUACAAUACCUUAAGUUUUUUCAUUUUAGUUUUAGUUGAUUAGGGAUUACAGGAACUCACAUUUGUGCACAAUUCGAGAACUUGGAGAACAGUAUUAACGCCGAGGCAGCGGCAAAAACAAGGACUUACAAAUAUUUUGAUUGGUGAAUGAGACUUUCACAAUGUCCAUCGCUCAAAUCGCACGAUAAGCAUGAAAAAUUCAACCUGAUGCGUCUUACACGACACGACACAUUAACAUAACCCGUUCUUAAACCCUUUCCACCAUCUAAGCGGGAGUUACAAAUUGUUUUUGACUCUGUGAAAAGACCCAACGCUCAAUGCUCAACCCUCGUGUCCCCUGGCUGCUCGACUAAAUGUUCACUUAAACAAGCCUUAAGUUGUAUAAAAAAGCAUUAACCCAAUUGUUUGCCUUCGAAAAAGAAUGAUUUUGACUCUUUCUAGGGCUCAUGAAGAUUCAAAAUAUUUCUUUUGCUAAAAAACAAAAAAUAUGAUUUCCAAAAGUUUAUGUUGAAAACAAAAAACAGAAUAAAACAAACCCAAAUCAAUGAAAAAUGAGUAUGGGAACACGAGAACCGCAGCAUUGAACUAUGUGAAAUCUUUUGAAAUCUAAUAUUAAUAGUUGUAGAACGAAAAACAAUUUGUAAUUUUGAAGGAAACGCUGAGCGCUUUUGUGCCGUUUAUAAAAUGGCCAAAAGCAAAGGCAUUUUGUGGAAAGGCUGGACGAACGGACGCACACUAACAUAACAACAUAAACGAUAAACAAUUGUAAGUGUUUUCAACAACAAAAACAACAAGAAUUGAGGAAACUCUUUAUGCAGCUAUAUAUGUAAAUGUAUAAUAUGAUAAGAAGAAAACUUAAUUUAUUUCUUACUAUAUAAAUAUUGUUGUACUAAGUCAGUGACGAAAAACAAAAGAGAACUUCAUACAAAAAACAAAAAACUAUUUGAAUGGAAAAACAAAACAAAACAAAAAACGCAUAUUUAUUCAAAAAAAAUAAGCAAAGGUUGUGCAAAAAAUCACAUUAAAGAAAAGCAACAGAAUAUUAUAUUAAAACAAAAACAAAGAAAUUAAUCUAUAAAUGGAAAAUUGUAAGUAUGUAUGUAUGUAUCCAUGUAUGUACAACAUUUAAAACGUUUACGAAACCUAUGUGUGAAAACUUUGAAAAAUUUAAAAUAUUUACGCAACUUGACGAAACGAAAGGAAAACUAAAAAAACUAAUAACUUAAAGGAAAUAUACAAAACACAGAACAAGAAGUACAAACUGUUGAAUAUAUAUACUUUACGAUUACCUUACCUUGUGUA